AUCAAACGUACCUGGACGAUGUUUCUGUGUAGAUUGCGCUCGUGCCGACUCUUCCACAAUACGUGGAAAGCGUGAGUUUCUCUACUCCGCGAGCAGACAGUUUCCAGUAGAGAAACAAUUAGAAAACAGUAUUUUCUUGGCACGAUAUAAGCUGAAGACUUUGACUAUAUUAGUCAAAGGCUGAGAAAUUAUAGAUUUUUUCUCGGUGCUUAACGUAAUAAACGACCGACACCAUGAGCGCACCCCAGGGGCAAGGAAAACCAAUAAACGGAGUAGUGAAACAGGUUAUUUCAGGGGAUACCAUUGUCAUUCGUGGUCAACCGAUGGGUGGUCCUCCACCUGAAAAAACAAUUACUCUUUGUAAUGUUACUGCUCCAAAAUUAGAGCGAUGGAAAGGAAACGACAGCACGGAUGAGAGUAAAGAUGAACCAUAUGCUUGGGAGGCCAGGGAAUUUUUACGAAAAAAAGUUAUUGGUCAAGAGGUACAUUUUGUUACAGAAAAAUCGAUUAAUACCAAUAGAACUUAUGGUACUGUGUGGUUAGGAAAAGAUAAAAAUGGAGAAAAUGUGAUUGAAACUUUAGUUUCUGAAGGUUUGGUAACUGUAAAAAAAGACACUCGAAAUCCAAGUCCUGAACAAACUAGUUUGAUCGAACUGGAAAACGCAGCUAAAGCGGCUAAGAAAGGAAAAUGGUCAGAAUCACCAUCUUCCGAACAUAUACGCGAUGUAAAAUGGACCGUAGACGAUCCGCGAAAAUUGGUUGAGAAAUUUGGAAAAAAGCCAGUGAAGGCUAUUAUUGAAUUUGUUUUUGAUGGAUCUACAGUGAAAGCACUUUUAUUACCUGACUUUUAUAAUGUAGUAUUAAUGAUAUCAGGAGUCAGAUGCCCUGGUUGGCCAAAUGGAAGACGCGAGAAUUCAGUAGGCGAUCCUUAUGCAGACGAAGCAAGAUAUUUCGUAGAAUCUCGCUUACUGCACAGGGAUGUUGAAGUCGUACUUGAAUCAGUUAAUAAUAACAAUUUUAUCGGCAGCAUUCUUCAUCCAAAGGGAAAUAUUGCAGAAAUUUUAUUAAGCGAAGGUUUUGCUAAAUGCCAAGAUUGGUCAAUUAGUAACAGCAGAUCUGGGGCAGAAAAGCUCUACCUCGCAGAGAAAGCUGCGAAAGAAGCACGUUUACGUUUGUGGAAAGAUUAUAAACCGUCAGGUCCGCAAAUAGAAUUCACUGGUACUGUUGUUGAAAUUGUUAAUGCAGAUGCUCUUAUAAUCCGAACGCAAAAUGGAGAAAACAAGAAAGUCUUUUUGAGCAGUAUUCGACCACCAUCCAGAGAAAAAAGGGUUAACGAAGAACCCAACAAUACUGCUAGAAAAGAUUUUAAACCUCUUUACGACAUCCCCUGGAUGUUAGAGGCUCGCGAAUUUUUACGUGAAAAAUUCAUCAGAAAAAAUGUGAAAGUUGUGGUUGAUUAUACUCAACCUGCCAGAGAUAAUUUCCCGGAAAAAUUAUGUUGUACUGUCACUUGUGGUAAAACAAACAUCGCAGAAGCACUGGUUGCGCGAGGUUUAGUAAGAGUGAUCAAAUAUCGACAAAAUGACGAUCAACGGUCAUCUCACUACAAUUUAUUACAAGUUGCUGAAAGUAAAGCAGAAAAAUCUCAGCACGGUUUACAUGCAAAGAAAGAUAUUCCAGUGCAUAGAUUGGUAGAUCUUUCUAACGAUCCUUCCAAAGCAAAGGCAUUUUUGACAUCCCUUAAACGAGCACAGGGGAUUAAAGCCGUGGUUGAAUUCGUUACAAGUGGUUCACGUUUAAAACUGUAUUUGCCGAAAGAAGAUCAGCUUAUUACGUUUGUCUUGGCUGGUAUACGAACUCCUCGAUGUCAGAGAUCACUUCCGGGCGGUGGCGUAGUUAAAGCAGAUGAGUACGGCGAAAAAGCAUUAGCGUUCACUAGGGAACAUUGCUUCCAGAGAGAUGUGGAAAUCAAAAUUGAAAAUACAGAAACAAAAGGAAGCGGAUUUAUUGGAUGGUUGACAGUUAAUGAUAUCAAUAUGUCUGUUUCUCUUGUUGAAGAAGGACUUGCAGAAGUGGUUACUUUCCCCGACUUUGGAGAACUAACAAGGACGCUUAAAGCAGCAGAAGAACGUGCCAAAUCAAAGAAGUUGAAUAUGUGGAAGAAUUUCGUUGAAGUGCAAGUAGAGAAUGAUAAAAACGAAAAUGAUAAAGAAAUUGUAGAGAGAAAGGUUGAUUACCAAGAGGUAGUGAUUUCGGAAGUUACCGAAGAUCUACAUUUUUAUGUGCAAAAUGUCGAUCAGCGUAGUAUGUUAGAAAAUUUGCUUUCACAAUUGCGCCAAGAAUUAUCCUCUAAUCCUCCACUCCCAGGUGCUUACAAACCUGUCAGGGGUGACUUAGCAGUUGCCAAAUUUACUGGUGACGAUCAGUGGUACCGUGUUAAGACUGAAAAAGUUUUUGGUACAAAUGUCAGUGUAUUUUAUAUUGAUUAUGGUAACAGAGAAACGAUUAAUGUUACACGGGUUGCUGACUUACCAUCACGAUUUGCCACGGAUAAACCUUAUGCCCGUGAACAUACUCUUGCUUGUGUUGCACUUCCUAGUGAUAAUGAUGAUAAAAAAGCAGCAGUUGAAGCUUUUAAGGAAGAUGUAAUGGAUAAAGUUUUAUUACUUAAUACUGAAUAUAAGCUCAACAGUAAUGUUAUUGCUGUAACAUUACUUGAUUCUACUACUAAUGAAGAUAUCGCGAAAGGACUUAUUGCCGAUGGACUGCUGCUUGUCCAGAAUCAACGCGAUAGAAGACUUACUAAAUUGAUUGAAGAAUAUAAGAAAGCGGAAGAAGAUGCGAAACACAGUCGGCGUAAUAUUUGGAGAUACGGCGACAUACGUGUAGAUGAUGAAAAAGAAUUUGGAUUGUAAAAAUGCUCAAGGUCUGGUUAAAAAGCGAUUGAUACAGGGAAAAAGACAUCAUGUUAUAAACUGCAUAAUAAAUAUCUAAGAAUUUAUCACAUAGAUGACCGAAAAUUAAUAAAUGUCCAUACGAGAGUUACAUGUUGCAUUGAUUAUGAUGCAAUUAUAUUUCAUUAUACAAAAGUAUGAAUUGUACAUAACAAUCUCAUUAAUCUUGUAACUUUUGAACGGAACAGUGGCAUAACAUAUUGCAUAAUAUAUUCUCAUCGUUCAUUAUUUUUAUUGCAAUGUAAAGUUUUAUUAUUAAUGAAUUUUAAGAAUACCGCAUAACUAUCCGAAACUUUACGUGAUCUAUGUGCAAUUUAUUUUUACUCGUUUAUAUUUUGGUUCAGAAAAAAUAAUCUUUUUGUACGUGUUUAUGUCGCAUUUAAGCUCACUAUAUAUGAAUUAUACAAAUUAUUACAAAGCUCAUAAUUGUACAUUUUAUCAAGCAUACUCAUUUAACUUAAGUAUGUAAAAAUUCAUAUCAAGAAAGUAUAUUAUUAUAUUUCGAAUAAAAGUGGCAUCAGUAAAUCAUUGUUUGAACAGUUUGGAUGUUAAACAAAAUAUAUGUAUGUUGUUAUGUGUACAUACAAGUCAUCGUCCAAUAAAAAUAUAUAAAUAUUUCUGUUAUUUAUACUCAAUUAUUAAAUUUUAAUUGUUACUGGUGCCGCUUUAUUUCCAUCAAAAGUAGUACUCCAUUUAAUAAAUGUGAAAAUAUUCUUUUUACCUGUUUUAAUUGAAACUAUUUUGUUUAUUUUUCUAAUAUUUUUAUGUACUAUUGAACACUACAAAAAUUAGACACUUAGACUUAAAUAAUAGAUUCAUCUCCUACUGUCAUUUUACAAA